AAGUAAACGUGCUUCUUACACGCGCUGUUGUACUAUUUUCCCCAUAUACGCAAAUACAUACACCCAUCCAAUGCGUGUGUCGGCGCGCGGCAGCGAAAAAUGUACAAUAAAUAAUACAAAUAAAAACCUAAAGCAUUGCCACAACCAAAUGCAAAUAGACGCAACAAUAAUUAUGUCGUCUCAAUGCGACAGCAAUUGAAAUAAGCUUGCAGCGUCUAAUGAAGUUUACUCAACUAUGUGCAAUUAGUUAUUAUAAUUAAUAAAAACUAACGAUAGUAAAAGCCAACGUUAUUAAAAUUAAUAAUAAUAAUAAUAAUAGAAGAAGAAGGCUCGGUCGACAACAUUUUUUGAAUGAUAUCGAUUUUCCGUUACAUCGUUAUACACACACUCUGACCGAGUUUACACAAUACGCCGCGCGCAAGCACACGCCCCUCUUAAAGCCACAGACCACACACACCCAACCACCCCGCGCACACACACCCACCAGGUGUUGGGUAGGGGGUGCUCGUCUUUGUUUCUCAAUGUGUGUGUGUGCUUGGUCCGUUAAAGCACAGUGACAGCGGGCAACGGUUAAUUGUUGCUUCUCGGUGGAAGUUCUGCUCUGAAAGCCCACACAUACACACAUACAUACGUCGCAGUACAUCGCAUCGCAAUAAGAAGCAUGUUUAAUUUGGCACUAAUUAAAUAGGGACGGACAAACAUUUCAGGAACACAAUUGUAAAUAGCAUCAUCAGAGAAUCUCAGAACGACAACAGCGGCGACAGCGGCGACAACAGCGCAAUUUUUUCUAACGGACAUCAAGUUGAGCUCAGCUAAGGUGUGUGUGUGUGUGUGUGCGUGUGCGUGAGUGUGUGUGAGUGUCAAGAUGGCAGGACAAAGGCAACUGAUUGUCCACUACACGCAUACAGCGGGCGCCAUUGGAUGUCUGCUGUUAUUUUUGGUACAGACACUCGCCCAGGGCACACCGCAACAAGUGUGCCCAGAGCAGGGCGAUAUUUCGCCCUGCAUAUGCACGGUGAAGAAGAACGGACUGGAUAUACUGUGCGAGGCCACGGAUCUGGUGCAUAUUACCAAAUCGAUGGGCACGCUGAAGGGCAAAAGUCCGAUCAUAUUUUAUUUGAAGCUCCGCCACAAUAAUCUGCCCAAGCUGCAGGGUUUCGUAUUUCUGGCUCUGGACAUACGCCAUUUGACAAUACACAACAGCAGCCUGGCGGCCAUCGAGGAGAAUGCAUUGAGUUCGCUGGGCAAUGGACUCACACAGCUGGACGUGUCACUGAAUCAGAUGAAAACUGUGCCGUCGCAGGCGCUGCAACAUCUGUAUCACUUGUUAAUUUUGAACUUGAACCACAAUAAAAUCACCGUCAUACAUAACAAUGCCUUCGAAGGGCUAGACACGCUGGAGAUACUUACGCUCUAUGAGAACAAAAUAACCCAGAUCGAUCCCGAAGCAUUCCGCGGCCUGGAGAAAAAACUAAAGCGUUUGAAUCUGGGUGGCAACGAUCUAUCGAACGUGCCACAAAAGGCGCUCUCCAUAUUGGACACACUGAAGAAACUCGAGAUACAGGAGAACAAGAUACGUACGAUCAGUGAGGGCGAUUUUGAAGGUCUACAGAAUUUGGAUUCUUUGAUAUUAGCGCAUAAUAUGAUCACAACCGUGCCUGCAAAUGUAUUCUCCCACUUAAGCCUACUCAACUCGCUGGAACUGGAGGGCAAUAAGAUCAGCGUAAUUGAUAAGGAUGCGUUUAGGGGUCUUGAGGAGAAUCUACAGUACUUGCGUCUGGGCGAUAAUAAUAUUAACGCCAUACCCAGUGAGGCACUGCGUCCGUUGCAUCGUCUGCGCCAUUUGGAUUUGCGGAACAACAAUAUCAAUGUGCUGGCCGAUGAUGCUUUUACCGGAUACGGCGAUUCGCUGACGUUUCUCAAUCUGCAGAAGAAUGACAUCAAAGUUCUGCCCAGCACUCUAUUCGAGAAUCUCAACUCGCUGGAAACGUUGAAUCUGCAGAAUAACAAGUUGCAGCGAAUACCGCAGGAUACAAUGGAACCAGUCAUCGAUACGUUACGCAUAAUUGACAUAACUGACAAUCCGUUGAACUGUUCGUGCGAGUUGACCUGGUUCCCCAAGCUGUUGGAGGAUCUGAAGAACAAGGACGAUGAAAUGUCACAAAAGAAGAAGCCAUUGUGUCACAUGUCGCUGGAUAAUCGCGAGUACUUUGUGCAAGCGAUGCCCACCGAGAAGAUGCACUGCGCUGGCCUCAAUGUGAGUCCCUCACCCACCAGCGGCGGUCUCAUGCGGAUACUGCAAGUGAACAUUUUGGCCCAAAUAGCCAUGUGUAGUGUGGCAUUUAUGAGUAGCGUUUAAUAUGCAACUCCAAGCAA